UCUGUCUCCAAGCACCGCGGUCAUCUGCAAGGGAUUCCCACAAGGUGGGGUUGAUGUUGUCAGCAUUCAUGUCAUGUUUACAGACAUUUUUGUAACAGAGUUGGUCUGCCAAUGGGCCUGGUGCCUGAAGCCAGCUUUCCCUGGGGAGCAUGUCCUUGGGGGUCCUGCCAGCUGUGCCAAUACCCACAUAACUGAUCACAUGACCUGGCACACACACACCAUUUCCCUCAACUUGGGGGGGGGAAGCCCCCUUAAACAUUUUAUUGGGGGGAGCGAAGGGACCUCGGCCCCUAGGCUCCUAUGGGUCCUGCCAUCUUCCAUUCUGUGGACAUGACCAAGUCAGUGUAGAUGUUGCUGAGAUGGGGGAGUGAACAGGCUGGGAAUGUGGAUUUGGGAGAGCACAUCUUUGUUUGAAAAACUGUCCUGCCACGAGAUACCCAAAAUCUUCCUGACACAGUGCAUGCACAAGGCAUUGAGGUGUUAUUCCUGAUGAUUGUAAGUUGCCCAUGACUCACUUCUAUCACAUUCUCCCGUACCCUUUUGGAGAGGUGGGCUAUUGCUGUAGCUGCCUUGCCAAUACACUGGUCCAGCUCAGCACUGAUGAAGAGGUUGCUAAUGGAGAGGAACCCAGUUCAACAAAAUUAUCUACCACCUCAGAUGUGGAGUGCUGGUGCUGUCUUGACCUAAGUUACUGUAAGGCUGAUGGUGAGACCAAAUUCCCUGCAGGCUUGGGCAAAACAGUAGAUGGGUCUCUGUAGAGCUGCCUCUGUGUGUGCUGUCAAGGCUGCGUCAUCUGUAAACAAUAUCUCUCAGAUAAGAACCUGCCACACUUUAGUCUUGGCAUGGAACUGUGCUAGGUUGAACAGAACCCAGUUCCUUGAAUGGUGUACACACCAUUUUCAGUCAAGCUGAAGGCAUAGGACAUCAACAGCGACAAUAAUAUGGCAAAAAGAGUUGGGGUGAGAACACAGCCCUGUUUCAUAGCAUUUUUUAUAGGGAGGGCAUCUGAGGAUGAGCUGUCAUAUUGGACAGUGCCACGCAUGCUCUUGUGGAAGGACACAAUCCUCUUGUGAAGCUUAGGUGGGCAACCUAUCUUGUUGAGCAGUGUGACGAGUCCUUUUCAGCAGAUGAGAUCAAAGGCCUUCAUCAGAUCUAUGAAGGCAAUGUAUGAAAGGGUGUCUCUGCUCUUGGCAUUUCUCCUGCAGCUGACACAGCGAGAAGAUCAGGUCAACUGUUGACCUCUGAGCUCUAAAACCAUAUUGUGACACAGGAUAGAUCCUGUCAGCGAGUGACUGUGAUUUGUUGAGAACUACAUGGGUUGUACAGCCAUGAUGGUCACCUUUGUUCUUGCAGAGGGUCAUGAUGCUUUAGUAGCGCAUGUCUUGUGCCAUGGGACCUUAUUCCCAACACUGUGGCGAUGUGUGAUGAGGGAGGAUUUAAAAGUAGCUUUCUGUUGGGAUUCUGUCCUGUCCUGGGACUUCACUGCAUGCCUGAGAUUUGAUGGCAUUCUUCAGUUCCUCGAGAGUGGGGGAGCACCUUGCUCUUCCAAGACAGGAUAUUGUCGACUGCUGUGUCAGAGACCAUGUUUCUCUGCAAGGACAGUUAUUGGUAGUGCUCUGCCCAUUGCUUCAUCUGCUUGCUGCAGUCUGUGAUGAUCUCUCCAGACAUGGUUUUCAGCAGUGCAUUUUUUUGGACAAUUGGUCCAAAGGCGUUUUUCACUGUACAUUUUGCAAGUGUUGCCGGUGUAAGCAGCAAGUUGAAUGCUCAGACACAGCUUUAGCCAGUAGUCAGCACAUUGUCUGGCAAUCUGCUGGGCAUCACUCCUUCCCUUUCUCACUCUAGCAAGUAUCUUUUCAUAGUGCGCAAACUUGGAGUUCACAAAAGCCUAACACCUUUGUAGCAAUAGCAGGCUCCAUGUCCUUUAUACAGUACUGGCCUUUUGGAGCUAUGGAGGUAAGGCUCUGCUUGUGCUGAGGCACACCUCACAACUGGCAUGCCACAGCGUGCCAAGGAGCCUUGCACCCACGCUCCAUGAACUUGUGGCCUCUUGGCAAGUAGACAGGGUUUUCCCCCUGACCUUUUGUCCUUUCAUAUGAUCUGUUUACUAGACAGAACGCUUGGCCAAAGCAUAACAAGGAACACAGACACAAUCCACUUUCACAACGCCUAUGGGAAACACCUGCUAAUGCUCAGAAUGUGUUUAGAUGGAAUAUAUUAAAGUUCAGAGUGGUUUCACUACCUCUUUUUCCAACUGUAUUUUAUCCAAUAAAAAGAGGCUCCACAAGGCUGGCUUUUCAGCUUGCUCCUGCACAGCUCACUUGCAUCCAACCUUUUGUCGCCCUCGUUAUUCCUACACCAAGCCCACAGGUAAGGAUAGCAUCAAAGCAAGCCAAUUAGUGUAUAUCAAAGCAAGUAAAUAUAAACACAUAUGAGCUCAUUGCUACAACAACUACCAAUUAACGUUGGAAUUAUAUUGACUACCAAGAUGGCAUUAGAAAAGCUUCUGGAACAGUUCACCUUUGGUUCAACACACUUGUGAUCCUCUAAGACCUUAUGGAAGAACUAUUGAGCAAGCCUGCAGUAUAUCACAAUGCAGACAUUGCAGGAAUUAAUACAGACCAUUCCAGCCACACUAACCCUGACUCAGACUGGCAGUAAAUCUCCACGCUCUAAAGCAAACAAAACAAAAACCAUUAUUUGAUAUUACUAAAGAAUUUUAGACAAGCAAUCCGAUGGCUUGCAACCUGUGUGGAGGAGGAAGGACAUCCAUCCCCCAGAAGCUCAGUCAUAAAAUUAUACGGUAUAUACUGUUUUAAAUGUUUCAUGCAAAUGGGGCCCUAUUAUUUUGUGGAAACUGAAAAUUUGUUAAGGGGGAAUAAUUGAGGUUGUCAAAAUACGGACAUUAUCAGGUUUUGAUUUUCAUCUUUAUUAUCUACAGAACAGUGACAUUUGAACUGCGUGCUGGAACAUGUCAGUGGAUAGAGAGAGAGGGAUAGGAAGGAAGGAAGGAAGAUAAAGUUCCUAAAGAACCCAGUUCAGCUACUGAUUGAUUGAUUGAUUGAUUGACUGCGGAAAUGGAUAAAAGCCCCACAUCCAAACAAUGAAUAUCACCAGUGUAGCUGGAGAAAAGUGUUCGUCGACUGCGAGAGAAAUUUUAUGGGAAGAUACGGACCCAGAAGAUGGAGAGAGCCUCGAUGAUGAUCCUGUGGCUUUGAGAGUGGUGGAUAAACUGGAACAAGAAGAGGAGCAGAAGAAACAGAAACGAAAUGACAAGAGUGAUGAGAAAAUAAAGGAGGUUGCUCAGCAGCUGAAGUGCUUGCCUCUGACGCAGAAGAACCUGCGCAUGUUUGACAAUGCCGAAAAGAACCGCAUCCCACCUGAAGACCGUCAGUUUUCCUGCCAGCCAUGUGACAGUAUGUGGUGGCGUCGAGUCCCAAAGAGAAAACAGGUGUCCCGUUGUCACCUGUGUGGGAACAAGUAUGACCCAGUGCCUGAAGACAAAAUGUGGGGUACAGCAGAGUUCACUUGCCCCUCGUGUGGACGCACCUUCAGUGGUUCGGCCCAGAUGGGGACCCCGUCUCCCUGCUACAGUUGCCACAGCCCUGUUCUCCCGAGUUUUAUCAUCCCACCUCGCAAGAAGCUGGGACCAAGAAGCAGGCAGCAGCAUUCGUGUUUUGCAGAGGAUUGCUACAACCGAAGAGAGCCCCAUAUACCAGGAACUCACUGUGUGCAUCCCCAAAGCCGCGUCAAGAACAGCUUGCCCAAAGUCAUCUACCCCAGCCAAGAGCAUGAUAGUACUGGCUCCACGGUGGCCACCUGCUUAAGUCAAGGCAGCUUGGCAUUCUGUGACAUCAAUGAGCUCAUCCUGGAAGACCUGAAGGAAGAGGAGGCUGGCGAGAGCAGCAAUUAACCCCCUGGAUGUCUGGAGCGGGAAUGGAUGGGAGAUGAGUGCCAGGUUGCAAACUAGCGAGCAUGGCUGGGAAGGGGGUCUUUUUUCUUCUUCAAGCUGAACAGUUCUAAUGAUGCACAUGAAUUUCCCAUUCUGGGCUUCUCUUUGGCUCUGCACUUUGUCUUAUCUUCUCAGUGUGGCUUUUCUUUGCUUUUGUUGUCAGUCUUAUUUCUUUCUAGAAGAGCUCAUCUUCUAGAUGUAUCUUAGCCAUAGAUUUAAACUGGUUUUAAUAGUCAUCCUCUCUCCUCAAUUCUCACCACCCUCACCCACUACAAUUCCUAGGAUCCUUUGGGAAAACUAGUAAAGAAAGCUAGAACUGUGUGGAUGUGUUCCAUCUUAUGUCCAAUCAGCCCUCCUUGACAUCUCCCAUUGGAGCCAGUUGUCUGUGGAACUUGACGAUGUCCUAGCUUCCAGUGGUUAAACUGACCUUAAAAGAACUAAGAGGCUUUUCAAAGAUUACACUUCUGUCCUGUUCAUCAUGAUCUUUUACCAGCUCUUUGAACUUUCAUAUGCCGUUGGCAUGAGAGGAUCAUGUUUGUGUGUUCUGGUGGGAAAACUACUACUGGUCUUGUCAGUAGUUUCCAUUAGCUCAGAGGUGGUUAACCUGUAGCACUAUUGUUCCAUCAGCUCCAGCAAUAUUGAAAAUAACCAUGGCUGAUGGGAGUUGUAGUUCAGCAGUAUCUCAGAAUGAGGUCCCCAUUCCUGUAUCAGGUGGAGUCAUGAUUAGAAAGAAUGCAUGCUGCUUCAAGCUCUAGGAAAACUCUCCAAACCCAGCAAGACAUGGAGGAGGCCAAGUUUCUUUUUAUUAUGUUGCUACAGCU